UCGCUGAUGGUAAAUUUUGACAGUUCGGUAAGAUUGAAACAAAACAAGUCUAUAAUCAAAACUCCCACAAGAGGCUGUUAAAAUCCUAAAUAUUGUGUGAUUUGGUACGAUUUAUCAUUGUCCAAGAUGCACGAAGCGUACAUACUGUAUCCGCCGGAGAAGAUUCAGGUUCAAAUUGAAUCGAUGACGGCUUUCGAGAACAAACUGAUCCUCGGAACCCGCCAGGGUCACCUGCUGAUGUACUCGUUCGAGCCGAAUGCGGAAACGAACAAGCUGGAAAUGCAACUGCUGCAGUACGACAAAAACUUCAGCAAGAAGCCCAUCACUCAGAUCGAGGCCAUCCCUGAGUACAAACUGAUCUUCAGCCUGUCGGACAGCGUGGUGAACGUGAACGACUACAGUCGGCAUGGCUUUCCGCUGAUUCACACGGCCCAGAAGACCAAGGGUGCUUCCGUGUUUGCUCUGGAUGUUAUGAAAUCAAAAUCGUUAACGGGUGAAUUGGCGUUGGUUUGCCGUUUGUGUGUAGCAGUCAAGCGUAAGAUUCAAUGCUACUACUGGAAACAUAAUGAACUGAUGGAUUUCGAUAAGAAUAUUGACCUGAAUGAUGUCCCGAAAACGAUCGCUUGGAACAAUAACUUCAUUUGCGUAGGGUUCAAAACAGAGUACGUCAUCUACGAUAUAUCCGGAGAGCCACGUAAAAUUGAUUUGUUUCCGACGAGCUCGUCAAAAUCCAUCGAACCUUGUAUCUCGUUGAUCGAAGAUGGAGUCUUUGCGGUUGCCAAAGACGAGUACCUCGUCACGGUAUACACGGAAAAGUACACAACCGACGGCAAGGACAAGGGAUCCAGCAUGGUGAAACAGGAUGCAUCCCUGCUGACGACCAAGGAUGCACGCAAUUUGAAGUCGUUGAGUUGGAGUGAGCCGUUCCAAGGGCUGGUGUGGGAUGAACCAUUUAUUGUGGGGCUGGUGACGGAUGGCGUGGAGGUGCGCGUUUUCGACAACGUGGAUAUGUCGGAUAAGGGAACGUUGAUACAGACCAUUCCACAGUUGCACAAGGCUCGAUUCUUGGUUCGCGGCAAGCAAGGCCUCUUGUACGCGGCGUCAGUUUCUCAUUUGUGGCGCAUCCAAGCGGUGGAUAUAUCGAAACAACGUGAGCAUUUGCUGCAGGAGGAGAACUUCCACUUGGCACUACAGUUGACGAACAUCUCCGACGAGAGUCCAGAAUUCAAAAUGACCAAAAUCAACGAAAUUCAAACGCGUCACGCCUACAACCUCUUCGUGAACAAAUACUUCCGCGAUUCAAUGAAGGAGUUUUCCAAACUAAACACCGAUCCGAUCGAUGUGAUCAGACUGUUUCCCGAUCUCCUGCCAGACAGUGGCAAAAAUAAGCUCAGUUCGUACUCCAAAAAACCGGCGCCGGUUCUCGACGAGAAGGACAUCGAGAAUGGCCUGUUGGCGUUGAUCGAUUACCUCACCGAAAUUCGGUACAAUCUUCGGCAGGACUUGAUCAACAAAACCGAUUCGAAGCUAUCCGCUGGGAAGAACAUUUCCGCACUGCUAUCGAUCAUCGAUACCACGUUGCUCAAGUGUUACCUGCAGACGAACGAUUCCAUGGUGGCAUCGGUGCUGCGCAUGAACUAUUGCUAUCUGGAGGAAUCGGAACGAGUGCUGAAGAAGUACGACAAGUACGUGGAGUUGAUCAUUCUCUAUCAAACCAAAGGCCAACACAAACGGGCGCUCCAGCUUCUACAGGCUCAAGCUGAAGUGCCAGGGUCGCCGCUCUACGGGCACGAUCGCACCAUUCAGUAUCUGCAACAUCUGGGAAACGAACACAAGUUCUUGAUAUUUGAAUUUGCCGGUUGGGUUCUGGAGAAAUAUCCCGACGAUGGCUUGAAGAUUUUCAUCGAGGAUGUUCCAGAAGUUGAGAGUCUGCCGAGAGCUGAAGUUUUAGAUUUUCUGUUGAAGGAUCACAAGGGACUGGUCAUUCGGUAUUUGGAACACAUAAUAAACGUAUGGAACGAGGAAAAAGCAUUGUUCCACAAUAUUUUGAUUCAACAGUACCGGGAGAAGCUGAUCGCACUGAAGAAUGAUGCCGAUGUUGAAAACGAUGUUCAAAAGAAAACCGCUCGAGAUACCAUCAACAGCAAGUUGCUAACAUUCCUGAAGAAGUCCAAAUACUACCACGCCGAGAAAGUAUUGGGUGAUUUUCCGUACACUGAUCUGUUCGAAGCACGUGCCACCAUCCUGGGGCGCCUAGGAAAGCACGAAAAGGUAUUGGCCAUUUUCGUCCAAAUCCUGGGUGACUUUGAUAAAGCUGUCGAGUAUUGCGAUCAGAUGUACGACGCCGAUGAUCCGAAAAGCUGCGACGUCUACGUUACGCUGAUCAAGACGAUCCUCACACCUCCCACGAAUCCACCGUACAGCGACGUAGAGUUGCACCCGCGGUGUCUCAAACCGGACAUCGACACCGUACUGGCAAUCAUGGAAAUCAACGCCAAAAAGAUCAAUCCGUACGCGGUGUUGCAAAUCCUGCCGGACAACAUUCCGUUGAUGUCGAUCAAAAACUUCCUGGAGAUCGCACUGAACCACCAUCUGGAGAAGAAGCGAAAGACGCAGAUUUUGAAGGGGCUGUGCUAUGCAGAGCAUUUACAGACCCACGAGCAAAAGAUUCACUACGAAUCGAAGCACUUUUUGGUGACGGAACUGAGCGUUUGUCCGGUGUGUAAGAAAAAGUUCAGCUACCAAAGUGCGUUUGUACGGACGCCGGAGGGCAAUAUCGUGCAUUAUUCGUGUCAAGAUAAGAUUUAAGCUGGCUUAGAAACAUAUAUCAAUACUGAAUAAAUACUAAUAUAUCUGA